AUGGCUAACAUACCAUAGCAAUAAUAUUCAACACCAUCAAAUUUACCUUCAUACAAUAGAGAUCAAUCCACUUACCAAUAACCAACCUUGGGAUAAUAGCAAGUUCCAUAGAGUAAUUAUCAACCUCAACAAUCUGCUGAGAAAGGAUUACAAUACUUGCCUUAACAACAAGGUAUAUUGCCACAAAAUGUUUAAACACAACCAUUGUAUGGACAACCACAAGUUGGAAUCGUAGGAUAACCAUUCACUCAACAACCCAUAUUUGGCCAAUCCUAAAUUUAACAACUACCCCAACAAACAGUGGAAACCCAAUAAGGACAAGUGGUAAAGGGACAGUCCAGAAUUGAAUACAUUCCAUAUGAGAGAACAAUUACGGAAUACGAAGAAGUGAGAAGACAAGUGCAAGUACCCAUCACUAAAUAAGUCACCGACUAUUAUGCAGUCCAAUAUGACAUCGAAUACAUCCCUUAAGUUAUUCAGGAGAAGUAAGUCGAAUACGUCCCAGUUGAACGAGUAGCAGAAAGAACUGAAUACUACACAGUCGAGAGAUAAAACGUAAUCUAAUAACCUGUCGGAUAUCAAUCAUCUCAAGUCCAAACUUCCUAUGCACCAGUCUAAACUCAACAAUUCACUCAACAGUAUACCCAAUAUGUCCCACCUUAACAAACCAUUGCAUACUAAUAGCCAGUCCAAAUUUAAUAGCAAUAUCAAACCAGAGAAGUCAUUCAUUAACCAAUUGUCCAAUAAUCCUAUCUACAACAAAGAGAAGUCAUACCAUAACAACAAGUCUAAGUCCAAUAGUCAGUGGCAUUACAACCAACCAUCCCAACCACUCAAUAUUUACCACAACAACAAUAUCAAACCCAACCCUAAUUGCAAAUAGCUUAAACUGUGCCAUUGAAUUAUGGACAAUAAAUCUAAACAAUUUAAACUCAAUAACAACCAAUCGUCAAUCCAGCCACCCAACCAACCACCUAAAUUAAUCAAGGAUAUUCCAUCCCUGUUACCUAAACCUAAGCUCCCCAAUAUUCAGUCUAUGGACAGCAAUCCCUUGGUCCUCAAUAGCCUAAAACUUAAUAGCCUCUAGCUCAAACUACACAAUACAACCCUUAAUUGUAACAGACUGUUGCACCAGCAUAAUUCGCUUAAUCAGUACCUUAAUAAUAAUAAUAAUAAUAAUAAUAAUAACAAUAACAAUCCAUCCCUCAAGAUAUGGGAAGAACCAGACCUUAUCAAUAAGGCCAGUUGCCUCAAUAACCAUCCCAACCUCAAUAGGCUGGCACAGCAUAGAAAUAAAAUAAAGAAAAAUCAUUCUUGGAGAAAUUGUUCGAUUGA